CUCAUUUAUUUUUUUUUAUAAUUUAUUUCGGUUUCAAUUUUGUGUUCUCUUUUUCUCCUUGUUCCACUCUAUCGAGUUUUCAUCUUCAAAUCUUGUUUUGUCGGUGUUCGGAUCUUGCUGCGGUUCUGCAAGUUAAGGAGAGGAAGAUGUUCCUGAGUUAGAUUUGGAUGUUUUUGCGGCGAAGCUGUUCUUGUUUUUGUUUAAUUGAAUCAUAUAGUUUGUGGUAUACGAGCAGGAUUAGGGUGACUUGAGAAGACGUGAACCGAAAGAAAUGCAAGAGCUGUUAUCACUCAACUGUCAGAGCUUUCCCGUGCUUUAUGGUGGUAUUUGUUGUUAGUGUCGGUGAUUUGGUGAAUGAGGGUUUGAAGGAGGAAGAGGAGGAAAGGUGUAUGAGGGAUCUGGUUAGGGUUUUAUGUUGCGUCAGGGAUUCCAGGAAAUGGAUAAGGUGGGAUUGCGGGCUUUUCAUACGGAGCAAGGGUAGAUGGGGCAAAUGUGGUUGAUUACUCUGCUAAUUAAACCUACCAGCUUGAACUGACUGCUUUUGAUAACUGAAUUUUAUAUCUCAUUUUCUUUUUGUUUCAUUUUUUGUUGAGGAGAUUUGGGGUUUUGUAUUCCGCAGCCAAGAAAAGAAAAGAUGCAGCAAGAUCACCGAAAGAAGAAUUCUGCGGAGAUGGAGUUUUUUUCGGAAUAUGGUGACGCCAAUAGAUAUAAAAUCCAGGAAGUUAUUGGGAAAGGCAGUUAUGGUGUUGUUUGCUCAGCUAUUGAUACUCACACUGGGGAAAAAGUGGCAAUAAAGAAAAUACAUGAUAUUUUUGAGCAUAUCUCUGAUGCUGCACGUAUUCUUCGUGAGAUAAAGCUUCUUAGACUUUUGCGGCAUCCUGACAUUGUUGAGAUUAAGCACAUUAUGCUUCCACCUUCAAGAAGGGACUUCAAAGAUAUUUAUGUUGUUUUUGAGCUGAUGGAGUCAGAUCUUCACCAAGUCAUCAAAGUAAAUGAUGACUUGACACGAGAGCACUAUCAGUUUUUUCUAUACCAGCUACUUCGUGCAUUAAAGUAUAUUCACACAGCAAAUGUCUACCACCGAGAUCUGAAGCCAAAAAAUAUACUGGCAAAUGCAAAUUGUAAACUUAAAAUAUGUGACUUUGGAUUAGCAAGGGUUGCAUUUAGUGAUACACCCACAACGAUAUUUUGGACGGACUAUGUUGCUACGAGAUGGUAUAGAGCUCCAGAGCUCUGUGGAUCAUUCUAUUCUAAGUAUACACCUGCAAUUGACAUUUGGAGUAUAGGCUGCAUCUUUGCUGAGGUGUUAACAGGGAAGCCGCUUUUUCCUGGAAAAAAUGUCGUGCACCAGCUGGAUUUGAUGACUGAUCUGCUUGGGACACCUUCACUAGAUACCAUCUCUCGGGUUCGAAAUGAGAAGGCGAGGAGGUACUUAACUAGCAUGAGGAAAAAACAGCCUGUGCCAUUUGAACAAAAAUUUCCAAAUGCAGAUCCUUUGGCUCUACGAUUGUUGGAGAAGUUGCUUGCCUUUGAUCCAAAAGACCGGCCAACUGCUGAAGAGGCACUUGCUGAUCCUUACUUUAAGGGGCUUGCGAAAGUUGAGAGGGAGCCUUCCUGUCAACCAAUUACAAAAAUGGAGUUUGAGUUUGAGAGAAGAAGAGUCACAAAAGAGGACAUAAGGGAGUUAAUUUUCCGGGAGAUAUUGGAAUACCAUCCUCAGCUUCUUAAAGAUUACUUAAAUGGAUCUGAAAGGACUAAUUUUCUUUAUCCAAGUGCUGUUGAUAAAUUCAGAAAGCAGUUUGCACAUCUUGAGGAAAAUGGUGGUAAAAUUGGGCCAGUGAUCCCACUUGACAGAAAACAUGCUUCUCUUCCUAGGUCAACACUAGUACAUUCAACUACAAUUGCCCUGAGAGAGCAGCCGAAUGCUGUUUCCUUCAGAGACCGGCAGGCUACAGAUGAUGUGUAUAAUAAGAAUCCCCGAGAAAAUGAUGGGGUUCUACAGGGAACCUUGCUGGCGCCGCAAAGAAUACCCUUGGGCAAACCAGGUAAGGUCGUAGGGCCGGUUGUACCAUAUGAAAAUGGAGGCAUUAUGAGAGACACCUAUGAUCCAAGAUCAUUCAUUAGGAGUGCUGUUGUUCCUUCUCAAGCUGUUCCUUCUGCUUACUGUUACCGCAAGUCCGUAAUUGGGAAGCAAGAAAGAUCAACGGCGGAGCCUGAGAGGGACGUAUCCUCACAAGCAAAACAAGUUACUCAAUGCGGAAUGGCUACAAAAUUUUCCCCCGACGUAGCUAUAAACAUCGACUCCAAUCCAUUUUUCACGACGAGGGCGGGAGUAAACAAGGUUGAAAAUGUCGACGACAGAAUUGUGAUAGACACCAACUUGUUACAGGCAAAAGCUCAAUACGGUGGGAUUGGUAUGGCUGGCGCAGCAAGCGUGGCUGCACACAGGAAAGUCGGGACUGUUCAAUACGGCAUGACGAGGAUGUAUUAUGUAAUAAUGCUCGUCCCCGUGGUGGCUGAGGAGUGAAGUUUGAGAUCUGGCAGGAUGAUGUUGUAUAGAAAGAGUCCCUUCAAAUAUAUAUA